UUUGUUGCAGAUUUUAAAAAAAAUAUGGGACGAUAUACGGGGAAAAAAUGUCGACUGAUAUCAAUGUUAUGGUUGACAACAUCAUUUUUUGUUGUAGAAAUAGUUGUCGGAUAUAUAACAAAUUCAAUGGCAUUGGUUGCCGAUAGUUUUCAUAUGUUAAGUGAUGUGGCAGCCCUAGCGGUUGCCUUUUUAUCUGUCAAGAUGUCUCCAAAGAAAUGGUCAAAAAAUACAUUUGGAUGGGCACGUGCUGAAGUAUUAGGGGCAUUAGUGAAUGCUGUAUUCUUAGUUGCAUUAUGUUUUAGUAUCACACUAGAAGCUUUUAAACGUUUUAUUGAAAAACAAACAAUACAUGAUGCCAAAUUAUUGGUGGUAGUUGGUGUUAUUGGAUUAUUUGUAAAUCUUGUUGGAUUACUUUUAUUUCGAGAACAUGGAAGUGGUCACACACACGGUGGUGGUGGAAGCUCAGCAAUAAAACAACGUAAUCGUCUAUCACAACUCGUCACAACGGAUGAUAACGAAAACGACGAAACAUUUCAUCCACCAAACAACACAACAGCAUCCUCAUCAAGUAGCGGUCAUAAACAUGGUCACUAUCACGAUGCAAACUCAAUGAACAUGCGUGGUGUAUUUUUACAUGUGUUAUCAGACGCUUUAGGCUCAGUGAUUGUAAUAUGUUCGGCAACAGUAUUUUGGUUAACAGAUUGGGAUUACAAAGAUUACAUAGAUCCCGCUUUAAGUAUAUUAUUAGUAUUAUUAAUAUUACAUUCAGUAUGGCCACUUUUACGUGAAUCAGCUUUAAUUUUAUUACAAACCGUACCGACUCACAUACAAGUGGAUGCCAUACAACAUAAGCUACUAACAAAAGUUGAUGGAGUAUUAGCGGUGCAUGAAUUCCAUGUGUGGCAAUUAGCUGGUGAUCGUAUUAUUGCAUCGGCGCAUAUACGUUGUAGAAAUUUAUCCGAGUAUAUGAAAAUAGCGGAAAAAGUUAAGGAAUUCUUUCACAAUGAAGGAAUCCAUUCGACAACAAUUCAACCAGAAUUUGUUGAGCUAGAUGAUUAUAUUGGUGGAGUCGAUAAUGGUGGGACAAUUGUUGAAAAACAACAAAUGGGUAAUUGUGCAAUUAUUUGUCCGAAAACUGAUGCAGAUCCAUGUGAUUUUUCUACAUGUUGUGGACCAGCUGAUAGACAUUUAGAGGGUUCGAAUCCAGGUACAAAUAGCGAUGAUGAAUCAGUUGCAUAUACAUGCCGUCAACGAAAUAGUGCGAGUAGUUUUCAUACAUUACGUCAAUCUGCUCAACCCGUUUCCGAAAUGGAAGAAGGUGCACUACUAUCAACGUCACAUCAAAGUACACAUUGUGUAUGUGGUAGUGGUGGUGGUAAUGGUGGGGGUAUACAACAACACCUGUGUACAUGUCCCCCAAAUAAAGAAUCAUGCGUUUGACAAACACAUCGUUGUUGUAUACAUCGAAAUACAAUGUCUACUCAACAAGCGGCGGACACUAAAUACUGUUAAAAAGUACACUUGAGUGUUUAAAAAUAAAUUGUAUGUCAGUCACAUUUGUGAUUCGUUUAAAAAACAUUUGUGACACAAAAUAAUGACAUUUCUAAGUUAUAUUAUUCGAAAAUUAUAUUUGAAACAAAAGAAUAUCUAAUAUUUACGAGAAAAUAACGACACUACUUAGUGAUUAAACACAAUUUUACUUUUUAUUUGCUGUUCCAUCGACAACAUCGUCAUCGUUAGUUUAAACACACACUACGUUGUUCAGUCAUCUUAAACUCAUUUUUUUUAUAGUCAACACAAACUGAAUAAAAUUUAGCAAUAUUUUUUAAUUAAAAAAGAGGAAAAACUUUGUAUAUUUAUAUUUAUAAUAAGGGUUUUUUUUUGUCAGUUUUAUUUUAUUUUGUAAUGCUGUAUUUUUUUUGUCUUUAAUAGUUGAAAGCAGGAUGUAUAGAAGUCGUAGGACUUCAGCAAUAGAGGCGUCGCAUGAUUUUCAAUAUAUUUUUUGAGAGUUUGGCAAA